AUGUCUCGAGCGUUUCUCCUCCUCGUCACGCUAUCCGCGGUAUUAGCAGCAGUCGCUGGCGUCGCUGCUGCGACUGGGCCUCCCCGCUCAGGCGGGAUCGCUCUGCGCGGCGGCGACGGCAGUGUGACCGGCGGCGCGGCAACAACUGGCGUUCGCGGCGGCAGCGGCGAUUCCCGCUCCGUUUCGCACGGCGAUUCGCACGCCGUUUCGCACGGCGAUUCCCACGACGUUUCGCACGGCGAUUCGCAGCACCGCGGGAUUCCCGGCGGCGGGAGUGACGAGGAGAGGGAGGAGGACGACGAAGGCCACGGGGGGCAUGGCGGCCAGGGGCAUGACAACCACGAGGUUGACUCGGCUAAUGAGGGCGAGGAUGAUAGCGAGAACGGGGAUGAUGACGAGGAUGACAGCGAGCAUGGCGGUGGUGGCAGCAGCCAUGGCGGCGGGCUGUGCGGGCGGGGCGGGUGCAGCAACGACUCGGGCGAGGUGGGGUACUGGAAGCUGCCCGACUACGGCCGCUGCUCCAUCGGCACCGGCAGCAGCGGUGGUGCGCCGAGGAAGGCAGAUGAGGCGUGGUGUGCGGGGGCGGCGGUGGGCGUGAAGGAGUGCUGCAGCCGAUGCAGUAGCACCAACGUUACCGUGGAUGGCACGCCCUUCAACUGCCGCCACUGGGCGCACAUCCCAUCUCCUGGCUCUCACGACCGCGGCAGCAGUGAGCAGCGAGGCAAGUGCGUCCUCCUGCCGGCCGUCGACGCCCUCACGCCCGAGAAGGCCCGCAAGGGGCGCUGCGGCACCAACACGGGCGGCGACACGGUGCGAGUGGGGCGGCGGUGUGCGUACGGCGAGAACGACCCGCACUUCCUGGGCGCGCACGGCACGCGGUUUGACUUCAACGGGCUGCCGCGCCGCUCCUUCUGCCUCUACACCGACCGCCGAGUGCACGUCAACAUGGCCAUGCGCGGCUAUCUCGACCACCGCCCGCUUGCACCCUCUGCUGGUAACCGUGGCACGAUGGCUGCAGCUCGGUUUGUCAACGGCUCGGCUGUUCGCACGUGGAUCCGACAGCUGGGGAUCAUGUGGCACGACGGCGAGAGCAGCAGCAGCAGCGGCAGCAGCACAAGUGCUCAUUCUCUUGUGCUCACGGCACGGGACGGCAAGGAGCAGACUCGCGGCACACAAGGCUUCCUUGCAUCCGCCAGUCUUGACGGCAAGCCUCUCCCACGCCUCACCCUUGGCAAGAGCCACGUUCUUUCCAACAGGCGGUUGAUUCUAUCCUUUGUGGGCCAGGAGAAGACCGGCCUGUUCGACGUGGACGUGUACACCCUCCGCCUGGAGAAUCUCCUGGAGCUUGAGCUGAAGCUGCGCGCGGCGCACCCUCUGUUGCAAACACCUGAGGACGCGCAGGUGCACAUCAACCUGAUGUUUGUGGACUCGAAUCCGAGCAGCGAGGUGCAUGGGGUGAUGGGGCAGACGUACCGCAGCGGCAGGGAGCAGCGCACCAUGGAGUAUUCGAAGCUGGCUGCUUUGCUGCACCACCCUGUGUCGGUGGAUGGGGAGGAGGGGAAGGGGUUUUUGGAUGGGGAGGCGGGGGAUUAUGAGACGUCGGCAGUGACUGCUACUGACUGCAGAUUCACUGCUUUCAAUGGCGGGCAGCUGCCUCUGCUGGCAGAGUAA